ACAGCCGAACACGUCCAAACGCACUCUGUAGCCCUUGAAAGCUAACAGAGUUGACGCCGGUGCAAUGGAACAGCAGAACGGGCGCGCCGCGUGACCCUUGACCGUCUAAGGCCGUCCACUUCUUUCCAGGAUCUCAGGCUUCGCCGAUCUUAGAAGAAACCGAUCUCUCUGGCAUCUAAGUAAGCAAAGGCGACGCAAAAGAUCCGUCGGGAGGUCGAGGCUCAACAUGAAGACCAUACUUAGGUAACCCUAAUUGCCUAUCGAUCUGUUUUUCUGUUGACUUUUUCCCAUCAGGUUCAGGAGUUGACGUUAAAGUGAAUGUUCGACGAUUGAUUCAAGAUCUUUAUCUAUUCGACCAUCAACAGUGCUUGAUCGCGUUUCUACAUUCAUUGUAGACUAAAACACUAGAAAAUGUUGUCCUUAGUUGGCUUAGGGCUUGGCAGCCCCGAUGACGUGACAGUCCGUGGUCGUGAGGUGAUCCGUCGCGCCGACGUCCUAUAUCUUGACGCCUAUACAG